UUCAACGUUUCUAGUUUUGAACUGCUUUUCCCUCUCUCUCUGUCUCUCUUCUUUUUUUUUUUUUUUAAUAUUCAGCUCGUUACUGUAAGUUUUUUGUUAUCAGUUAUCAGUCAGUUUGAGUAAAAUUUGUUUUUUGGUUUUCUCGAAAUGGGGAAGAAAGAUCAGUUGAGAGCUGAAAAAGUGAACGAAAGAGUUGAAGCUGUUCUUCAACUUGUUAGGAAACAGUCUCCAUUAACAGUGAAACAGGAGAAAUUCUGCAACAACGCUUGCGUCGAGAGGUUUUUAAGAGCUAAAGGUGAUAACGUGAAGAAGGCUGCUAAGCACUUACGAGCUUGUCUUUCUUGGAGAGAGAGUAUUGGCACUGAAAAUUUGAUAGCAGAUGAGUUCUCAGCUGAACUAGCUGAGGGAGUUGCUUAUGUAGCUGGUCAUGAUGAAGGAUCCAGACCUGUCAUGAUUUUCAGGAUCAAACAAGAUUACCAAAAGUUCCACUGUCAGAAACUGUUCACUCGUUUGCUGGUUUUUACAUUGGAGGUUGCUAUAGCAACCAUGCCCAAAGGCAUCGAACAAUUUGUUCUACUCUUCGAUGCAAGCUUUUUCAGAUCAGCAUCGGCUUUUAUGAACUUAUUGUUGGCAGCACUGAAAAUUGUGGCCGCGUACUACCCAGGACGACUUUACAAGUCUUUUGUCAUCGACCCACCUUCGCUCUUUUCUUAUCUUUGGAAGGGUGUUCGUCCAUUUGUCGAGCAAUCAUCGGCUACGAUGGUGGUAGCAUCACUAGAUUUUGAAGAAUCACUGGAGUUUAACGACUUCACAUCAUACCCAAGAGCAUCAUCUCUCCGGUUUGUCCCCUCGUCCAUGAAAUCAACGGCCAAGAUCGGCUCUUGUUCAUCCUCCAGAUUCUCUUUCACCGUAUCACAUCAUUUGGACUCUCUCAAGCCCUGGUACCUCACCAUGACUGACACGUCAUCAUCCAAAGUUGGACCCACGAGCCCAUCCCCCCUUGGCCCAGCUUUGAUCUCUCCGCUCAAUGCCCGAUCCCUCUCGUUUGCAUCACCGGCUGCUAGGACGCCAAGUGGCAACAUCAGUAUGAGGAAGAGCUUAUUCCCAUCUACACCUCUACCACAGCGUAGCAAAGCCAGUGAAUUCAUCAAAGCCAACCGUCCACGGACCCCACGGCCAUCUUUCCUCCAAUCACCUGCCAUGUUUUUCCGAAGGGAUUGCCACGUUAGCACCAAGAUAGAAAAGUCUCGCGAAUCGUUCUUGCCCUUCUUGAAGUUCUACAGGAGGCCGUACGAUGAGAUGAUUUACAGGUCAAUGAUGCGGGCCCCAUUUGGUGGCCUAAUUUCCAUCGUUAAGCGUCGCCACAUGUCGGUAUCACAGCGCUUCUAGACCAUAAUAACAAAGAAAAAAAAAGAGAGAACAUAGAGCUAUUAUAUUUACAUUGACUUCAAGUGUUAAAUAACACUACUAAAUUACUACUACUAAUUUGAUUAAUUAUUUGUUAAUGUCAUGUUCACGUUGCUCCUCGUGUGAUUAUUAAUUUAAUUAACACGAGAAAGAGAAAAUGAAUCAAUUGAAACAAUUUAUUGAAGGAGACUACGUGCGAGGUGGGAUGUGAAUUUUUGUGCUUAAAUUUUUGUUUAAUCAAAGUCAGCGUUUCGUGCUUUUGAGGAGAAGCAAAGCAUUGGAAGAAGACACCGUGGUCGAAACGUUGAACAUUGCAUUGGAAAUCAUUUACCA